GUCAAAGUCAAACCCUAAUGAAUGAGUCGGGCCGUAACUUUAUGUUUUAUUGAAAUACAAAUAAACUAUUUUUGAGGCAUAUUUUUUGAUGACUAAUUAAAACUGAAAAUAUCAAUACGAUAUUUAAGUUUCAGUGAAAGACUUAUUAAAUUAUAAAAUCAUGGAGGAUAUAUUUCAGUGGUGUAGAGAAGGAAAUGCCCUGCAGGUGCGCGUUUGGCUGGAUGAUACGGAGCAUGAUAUGAAUCAAGGUGAUGAUCAUGGCUUCAGCCCAUUGCACUGGGCAUGUAAGGAGGGUCACCUAAAGAUAGUUGAAAUGCUUAUCAGAAGAGGUGCAAGGAUUAAUGUUACGAACAUGGGAGACGAUACCCCAUUGCACUUGGCUGCUGCACAUGGACACAGACCUAUCGUUCAAUUGCUACUUCAAAACAGAGUUGAUGUGAAUUUCACAAAUGAACAUGGCAACUCUCCAUUGCAUUAUGCUUGUUUUUGGGGAUACAGUGCAAUCGCCGAAGACCUAGUUCUUGCUGGGGCUCUUGUGUCACUGGCUAAUAAGGAUGGGGAUACACCGUUGGACAAAACAAGAGGACAACUUGUACAGAGACUCCAUGAGAUGGCUGUAAAUCAAGGUCAAGAUCUGAAGAAGAUACAAUUUAAAGACCAGUCGUGGUUGGGCUUGAAGACCAGAAGCCGUGAUGCAACUCUUUCUCGACAUAAAGGCAUUAAUAUCAACGAAUUAGCAUUACACACAAGAAUCGCAGUAUCGCCGUCUGGUGAAACUUGGCGCGGUCGUUGGCAGAAAAAUGAUAUAGUAGCGAAGAUAAUAGCAGUUCGUGAAUGCACACCCCGCGUACAGCGCGACUUUAAUGAGGAAUUCCCUAAGCUCAGGAUAUUUUCCCAUCCUAAUAUAUUACCUGUGGUGGGGUGCUGCGUGUCGCCGCCGUCGCUGGUGGUGAUCUCGCAGUACAUGUCGUGGGGCUCGCUGCACGCGCUGCUGCACGGCGGCGCGGGCGGGCGCGUGGUGGUGGACGCGGGCGCGGCCGUGCGCCUGGCGCGCGACGUGGCGGCCGGCAUGGCCUACCUGCACUCGCUGCAGCGCGACCGCGUGCUGCCCGCCUACCACCUCAACAGCAAGCACAUCAUGAUUGACGAGGAUUUGACAGCGCGUAUCAACAUGGCUGAUGCGAAGUUUUCUUUCCAAGAGAGGGGUCGUGUUUACGCACCGGCUUGGAUGGCUCCUGAGGCCUUAUUGAAACCGAGUGCUAAAAGGAACUGGGAAGCCGCCGAUAUGUGGAGCUUUGCGGUGCUUCUAUGGGAGCUGGCGACUAGAGAGGUCCCGUUCGCUGACCUUUCGCCAAUGGAAUGCGGAAUGAAGAUAGCUCUUGAAGGCCUAAGGAUCACGAUCCCCCCGGGCAUCUCUCCCCACAUUUCGAAACUCAUUAAAAUAUGUAUGAAUGAGGAUCCAGGUAAACGACCAUCAUUUGAAAUGAUUUUACCCAUCCUUGAGAAAAUGAAACGCUGAAACAAAUCGAAUGGGUAAAA